AUGCAGUCGUCGCCUCUCUUCAAUGAUGAGUGCCGGGGAGAGGGUCCAGAGAUCAGUUUCGAAGCAAACGACACGCAGUAUCGCAGGGGAUACUAUUUGGCAGAUGGAAUAUACCCUCGUUGGCCCGUAUUCGUCAAGACACUUCGCCAACCGGCUGGAGCGAGGAGACAAUAUUUUGCGCGAAAACAAGAGGCCGCUAGGAAAGAUGUUGAGCGAGCUUUUGGUGUGCUCCAAGCGCGAUGGGCCAUUAUACGCUGCCCGACACGAGUUUGGCACGAAGAUGAUGUCGUGAAUAUUAUGUUAGCAUGUAUCAUAUUGCACAAUAUGAUAAUAGAAGAUGAAGGAUUUGCUGCAGAACGUUGGGCACCGGAAGAUGGUGCAAGUACAAGUCACGGCGUUGCCUCCGCGCCGAUACAGAUGGGUGUACCACGUAGUAAUGAAUAUCUGAUCCAACGUUUCGCUGAUAUACGCAGGAGCACAGCACAUGACCAACUCCAGGUCGAUUUGAUUGAAGAGGUCUGGGCACGUAGGGGAGGCGGCGUAGCGUGA